AUGACGGCGAUAUUUCCCAACCGAGCGCUGGUGCGGGCGAUUAGGUAUGAAAUAGCGCACGAAAUCAUCUUAUUUCCGAACGUUCUCGCAGAUUACCAUGAGGAUCAGAUCACCGAGUUGGUGGAGAAAAUUCGAUAUCACUAUUGGCACUUGGUACAGGAUCUGUGUCUCCUUGCUCGGCUCCUUGGCCCUGAUUCCCAGCUGCCAGUAGCUGGUACUGAGGCUGUCGAUGGCCAAACCCAAACCCUCAACUGUGACCACUUUCCGUAAGAUGUUUUUUCCUGGAAAUUUCUUGAAGGUUAUUGGCUCUGACGGGCAGUAUAGGUCGCCACCAUGUUCACCCGAGGCCACAUCGAACGGUCCGGUAGAGGUCCGGCACCCACCUGGUCUUGAUGGAAUACCAGUCCAAGAAGCAGGUUCUAGCUCUGCGGCUACACUUGUAAGCUACUCCGUUCAAGGAAUGCUUUGGUCUCUUUUCUAGAAAUGCGCUAACAUCUAAUACCUUUAAAGAACUUAGGGGAUUUGAUGGAAAAACUUAGCCUACAAGCGGUGCCUCUUGAAAGCGGUCUUUAGGCUAUGAAAUACAGGUUCUGAUUGUGUUCCAAUUUUUUUGGGUGAUUGAAAGUAUUUUUUUUUAUAUAGAUUGUUUAUCGCACCUGCGCUAUCCGGAAGUCAGCUAGCGCUAUAGGUUAGCCAUUUCUUUAUUCGGAACGGCACUAUAGACUAAAAACAAAAGUUACUUCCAC